AACCGUAUCUCUGUGCCUCACACAGAGCCCAGCGCCCUUCGGCAACACAUCGUUAUCAGAGGAGCAUCCUCCCAAGUCUAUUGUCUCUCUCUCUGUGGAGAGAAAUCAGGGGAAAGGCCUCUGUCUCGACCCUUUUUUUCAAUUACCCGCCACUCCAGGCUGAGCCUCCUGCGCUUGGGUGAACGGCGUGCUGCGUGAGACAAGAGAUCGCCUCCUGCUGCCGCUAGUUGGUCGAGUUCAAAUCUACGAGCUACACCAGUCAGACGGACGGACGGCCCUUUUUGACAACCAGCCAAAGGUAGUUGACAGGCCAGCACAGCAGCAGCAGCUACUCAAGACCCGAGCUUGGCUGCCUGCAGUAACUCCACGUGCGUCAGACGUAGAAGAGGUAGAGAGAGAGUAGUCGGACCUCGUCUCCUCUCGUCUCCUACAGUUCCUCUCAUCUGAGAAGGCACGGGCUUUGGUUUUUAACCCUUUUCGUAUUCCGCAUGUAUUAGUCUCGCAGUGUGAUAGUUUGUGAUGACAGUUUAACCAGUAAGGAAACACCGAAGGACGUUAUUUUCAUGAAAGAGUGAAAAGGAAACUCAACGUCAUUUAAACCAACUCCCCACUUCGUCGGACAUUGGAGAGUAGUCGCUCCCGUCGCCGUCAUCCUGUGAACCCAAUUUCUACACAUCUCGUCUGAGACCCCUUUCAACAUCAGAAACCUGGAGGGGCGUAGCGUACCAAGGCUGGCUCAAUUCGUUUUGCGUUUUUUGAACAAUAUGGACGUUGUGCCCGUCAUUCUCUAGCAUUAGCUACACAAGGAGUGGCUCUGUUGGGGAGGUUCCAGUUUCGACAGUUGGAAUCGAAGGAGGAAGAAGAAGAGUGACAAUCGGAAUUUCGACCCUGUGCUGCAGUUCUUACAAUAAAGGCAAAAUGGUGACCGAAGGCAAGAUUACCGGUUUGGUCAUAGAGGACAGCGUCAGCGUUCUGAACCAGAGGUUGGGUCAGCUGAACCAGCUUCGCAAGAGUCGGCAUUUCUGCGACGUCGUUCUGCAGGUUGGGAGUUCCGAAAUCCAUGCGCAUCGGUCAGUGCUCGCUUGUGCAUCUCCUUACUUCUUCGAACUAUUUACUGCAGAGGAUGACCGGAAAACGGCAAGGGAAGGAAAGCUGCUGUAUAAGCUGAAUGGUGGUUUCGAACGGGACUCUGUUGAAUGUCUCGUCCACUAUGCCUACACAGGAUGUCUGGAUGUCCAACAUCCUUUGGUGAAGUCUGUUUUCAUAGCUGCCAAUCGAUUGAAGAUGGAAACUGUCUCGCAUGCCUGUGGCGAGUACCUGGUAGCUCACUUGACACCUGAAAGCUGCUUAGGGAUCAGGGCUAUCAAAGGCAUUGCUUCAAAUGCCAAAUUAGCCGAGCGCAUAGAUGAGUACAUUCAACAGCAGAGUGACUUGGUGUUGGUUACCAGAGAUGCCAUGGGCGUACCUAAGCUGCAGGUGUCAGUCAUCCACAUAACCCAGGAUGAGGCUAACAUUACAGGGCGGGCUCUUUGUAACCUUGUUUUAGAGUGGCUCAAGAAGCAGGUUAUUGAGGAGGACUUACAGCUGGAAUUAUUGAAAGAGAAGAAGCACAUGCUGUACCUGAACAUGGACAAUUCGCUCCAUGAUUGCACAGACAUUCAGUCUGGUGAACUCAAUGAUUCUGAUAUCGUUCAAGACUAUAAAAAGAUGUCAAGAAAACUCUCUCAAACAAACAUCAAAGUACGUAGGAAAUCCACCACACCACAGCCUGUGAAACCUCGUUUGAUGCUGUAUUCUCGCAGCAUAUCUGACAAAGAUGAUUCAGAACAAGAUACAGAGUGGAAACUCAUAGCAUAUUCUCAAGUAGCCGAUGGUGCUUGGGUUGCUGUUAUCACACUGAAAGGCUCUGUGGCUGUUUUGUCUGUGCAGCAGAAAAUGGGUAACGCUUCUCCAACAUCUACUCCAAUGUCAUCUCGCCCAUCUUCAGUUGAGAAAGUGGAUUUCUAUACAGUCAUCCCUCACAUGGCCUCCCCAAAAUGUGCCACUGGAACUGGGAAUCUCAAUGGACGGCUGUUGGUUUGUGGUGGUUACGACAGAGGUGAAUGUUUAAGAACUGUGGAGACUUACUCUCCUGAAACCAAUAUCUGGACAGCAAUGCCUGCAAUGCGUCAGGGUCGUGGGCGUUUUGAUUUGACUGUUUUGGAUGGAAAGGCAUAUGCUGUAGGUGGCUGUGAUGGAUCAAAGGAAUUAAGUAAUGUAGAAGUCCUCGAUGAAACUGCCUCCAAGUGGAUUAGUGUCGCUCCCCUUCCUCUGGCUCGUUCUAACACUGGAGUUUGCAGUGUUGAUGGCAGGGUAUUCUGCAUAGGCGGAUGGAAUGGCCAGUAUGGUAUCAAACAAUGUGAUGUGUAUGAUCCCAAACUCAAUCAAUGGACAACUAUUGCUCCUUUGCAUGUUGGUCGCUAUCAGGCAGGAGUUGCUUCGCUUGCUGGAAAAGUGUAUGCCAUUGGAGGCUGUGACUCUUGGAACUGUCUCAAUUCUGUGGAAGUUUAUGACCCAGAAACAGAUAUGUGGAGAUUUGUUGCUCCAAUGUCAACACCAAGAAGAGGCUGUGGAGCUGAAGUGUUUAAAGGUAAACUGUAUGUAGUUGGAGGUUCUGAUGGCACCCAGAGUCUGUGCUCGACUGAAAUUUAUGAUCCAGAGACAAAUGCUUGGAUGCCUGGUCCACCCAUGACGACCUGCAGAGCCAAUGUUGGAGUUGCUGUUGUCAAAAACAAAUUAUAUGCUGCUGGUGGCUUCUCAGGUAAAAAUUUCUUGAACAGUGCUGAAUAUUUGGAUCCUGAUACAGAUGAGUGGACCAAUUUCACCCCAAAACCUGAGCUUUUGAAGUCUAUCCAAGACAAAGGUCAAAGUAUCACAGGGAAUGAGCAUAGUAAAACAAGUAAUGGACUAAACCACUGCGACUCUGAAGAAGUAUUUGAGAGAGAUACUAUUACCACCCACCUGAAGAUGGAGAAUGGAUGUAAUGGUAUUACAAAUGGUAUUCACCCUAUAGCUGCCAAUGGUCAAAGUCUGUAAGAUGUCUUUGUCUUUGGGGGGACAGGCACAGGGGUGUGUUUCCUCAGGUGUAAUGGCAAAACUGUUGCAAGUCAUGUUUGCAAAUGCAAUCAAAGAUAAUGCUAUUUUCUGAUUUGGUCUAGGAUCUCUUGGUAAAAGAAUUAGAUCGGUUUGUUGACCAGAACGGAAAGCUUCCCUUCCCAGAUACAUACAUGUGCCUUCUGUACCUCUUGCUAUGAGGCCCACCCCCUCCCCCAUUAGUUAUCAGACCAUGAUACGCUAUAUCAGUUAUAUAGGAAAAGUAUUAAAAACUUUUAUCUUUAAUAAGUAAAUUCCUUAAUCUCAUUAUGGAGAAUUUUGAUGGGGUUUACUCCUAAUUUCUGGUGAGUUUUCUUGCCUGUGGUAAUGGAGAAUCCAUUAGACCUAUAUUUUAUAUCGCACUACAGAUUUAUUAUUUUUUAAUUGUUUAACUUUUAUGGCUGUGGAAAACCUUUGUUAAAUAUUGUAGGGAUUGUCUAAAACUUCUGAGAUCUUAUCUUGUGCCUCUUUAUUAUAUAGUUUUUAAGAUCAUUUUGGGAGAGAAAUUUUAAGACAUUGAUGUUUAUGGUAUUGUUUCCAAAGUGGUUCAUGGGAUCAAUUAUUCACUUAAGCUCUUUGCAUAUGAUUUUUGUUUUUGUUGGCUUAUUAUGGCAACUAACUACACAAAAUUUAAAAGUGCCAAACUGGAUUUAUGGGUUAAUCUUGCAUCACUCAGAACUUAAUGACAAAGUAGGUACUACUAUGAAUAAGAAUGAAUACUUAUGAAAAUUACAAAACGUUCCAGCAAGUGCUUUCAAGUUCCAAGUGUUAUGAUUUUCCAAGAGGGACAAAAUGUACAGUAGAAUAAAUAAAGACCCCUGAAAUAUCAAGUAUGCGGAAAAGCUGUUGCUUGUGUGCUCAACCAAUGUCACUUCAAAGGACUGCAAGACCUGUCUUGAUCAGACAAAUGUGAUAUGUCAUAAUUAUUAUUAAUCCUUGCACGAAAUGAGUUUAAACAGUGGAGUAGGUUGUUAAUAUUUUAAUAUAAAGCAAAGCUUUAAUAUUCAAAGUUCUGUAGAGAUGCACUUUAAUGGGUUUUCAUUUCUAUAUACUGGAAGACAUAUCACAAUCUUGUUUCCAACAUACCGACGCGAGCCUGUCAAUUCCCCUCUCCGUCCAACUAUUCCUGCUGUGCUUUUUAUAACUUCUUUUCCUCAAUGCAAGUUGCUCAUAGAUAACUUUUUGUGCACUUCUUGAAAGUAUUUACUUAUGUACAAGGUAAUAUCUUGCUUUUCUGUAUGUCAUUAAGGUGUACAUGCCUAUAUAUAGUAUACAUAUAUACGUACUCUAUUGAACAGUAUGUGUACUCUUUUAAGUGUAUUUGUACAUGCAGUAUGCAUGUACAACUUUGUAUUAAUGCAUAUUUGUAUAUUUACACACACACACACAGGAAAGCUCCUUGCACAGUAAAGGCCGAUUUAAUAAAAUAAUAAAACUGAAAACUGCAAAAUUUGUAAUACAAAUAAAUUGCUUAGUAGCAAAUGGCAAAGAGAAAAUUUGUGUUAGUUUUCUUAAGUAAACUGACCCUUAUGAUUGAUAUCCAUGCAAAGGGUUGUGUUUGUUAAACCAAAAGCAAGUUUUAAUAUUAGUCUAGAAUUACAUGGGAAACUUUUAAUUUAUUAAUAGCAAUAAUUUGUUCUGUCUUAUCAAAGUUUCAACUGUAGAUUAUACAGGUUGUAGCAUAUUUUUUCCCCCAGUGUCAUGACUUCAAGUAAGUGAAAGUUCCCACAGCAAUGGAAGAUGAAGUGGAUCUUUUGUAGCCUCAAUAUUAUCAGCCUUUCAUUUGGUGCGAAUAGUAUUUGUCAUGGGUUUCUGUCUGAGAAACUGAAUCACAUGUAGCAGCAUUGUUGGAGCUUGUCGUAUAGGGAAAGUCUUUUAAAUUGUUCAAGUGAGGAAAUGUACAAGUUUUAUUAUCCAUUGAUAUAUGUUUAAGCAUAAGUGAUUCUUAAUGGUUAACUCUGGGUAAAUCAAAUAAUCUUGUGACCUUCAACAAUUGAAAGCCUUAUACUGCAACUUUUUUUUUUUUUUUUUUUUUUUUUUUAUUUGGGUGGCUCAAGUAUAUAGGUGUUUAUUAUACUCUCUAAUAUACUGUACCAUUGACUACUAUGUAAUUCAGUUAACUGUGUUGUCCUAAUAGAAUCUGUUAAAGGUAAAUCCAGUUCAUGACUAAUAUCAGCAUAGAAAGGCAGGUUUCUAUAUUGUAUGGGGUCUUACAGGAAUAUAUUUUCAAUUAAAUAGUUUAAAUGAGAUACGAUAGCUGUACUUUGCAUAGAUGCUCUGGUAGUUAUUGUAUUAAUUAAUUUGUUUUCACCCAAACAGGCACACCAGUACUGCAGAAAGUAAUGUGUGAUAUAUAAUGUAUACUUAAAAAUGAAGAGCCUGAAAAUUUUUCAUUCUUGGCUUACUAUGUCAGAAAGGAUAUUAUAAUACCAAAGUGUAAAUAGUUAGUGGUUUUUUUAAUGGCAAUGACAUUUGCGAAAAGACUUUUAAGAAGCAGUGUAGGGUCAAAGCCUUUUAAUUUGCUACAGCACUGUUUUGAGUGCAAAGUUAAUAUAUGAGAGAUAUAGGAUUUUUCCAAUAUUGUCAAGACACAAUUACCAAGCGCUUGCUGGUCGGUUAGCACUUCUGAAUAAGCAUCGCAUUUGACGGUGGCUUUCUUCAUAAUAUACCUCACUUUUUUUAUAUAUUUGAAGGGAAAUAAAGACUGAAAUAUAUACUGCAAUACAUGAGGCUUAAUGAAAAAACAAAAUGUAAAAAAAAAAAAAAAAAAAAAAAAAAAAAAAAAAAAAAAAAAAAUUAGCAAAA